AAGUUCCCUAACUUAUUUAGGUACGUAGGCUAAGUUUUUACGUUACUGUACUGUAAGUACUCCGUACUAAUGAAAAACAUCAAUACACAUGCUUGUUGCUCAAAACUUCCCUGAUAAAGACCACUGCUUAAACUGCAGAACGCCAGACCUACCUUCAUCGCUGGCGCUGCCCAUGUGUCUCCAAAGAGUCUCUUUUAUAUCUAUGGGCAGAAGGUGGUCUACCAGAAUAGCAACAAAACCGAACAUGAAAAGGGAGAAAAAGACAGUCGGAGGAGAAGGAGAAGGAGAAGCAGGAGAGAGAGGAGAGAGAGAAGGAGAGAGAGAGGGAGAGAAAAAGAUUCUUAUGUGUAGCAGAAGUUGUAGAGAUCGGCUGGAAUUGUUUUUCUGUCUGGCAGUGAUACCUACCAUAAUUUAUACCCUAGCACCCCUUAGAAAAAGGCUUCGACGCAAUUUUUGUUUUUAGGAAUGCCGGAAGGCUAAUCUGGAUUACUGUUUUCUGUAUGAAGGUCAACGUGUUACGGGCACUAUUAUAGACAAAUCAAUUAUAAAGAACAUAUAGAAAGUAUGUAGAAAGUAAAGUCCAACAAAUUACCCGGUACGAUCUGCUCUAAUUAGCAGCAAAUUAGAUUUGUGGUUGAUCAAGAGUUCCCGUGUAGUUAAUGCUAGAGGCGAGAAGAUACG